AUGAGCUCAUCAUCAACGUCUAAGCCGCCUGCAUCGAGUUUGGAGGUACCGGAGCGGCGUUGCGUGACUGCGAGCUCGGCCCCGGCGACGUCUCCAGCAACGCCAGUGGAGUCGGCGGAGAAGUAUGAGAACAUCUGCGGAAUUUGCCUCACCGACAUCCACCCCGUCGACAACCCGCGGGGCCGUCUCAACUCAUGUGGUCAUCUCUUCUGCUCGUAUUGUAUCAAAGAAUGGGCCAAGAGCACGAAUGUGUGCCCCAACUGCAAGGCGCGGUUCACGCGCAUCUACACGUUUCACGCGGACUCUGGAAAGGAUGAGGAGACGAAGGUGCGCAAGCGCAACUAUGUUGCGUGGGAGACCUCCUACGACGACGACGAGGAGGACGAUGCAAGCAACGAGGAGGCGCUGCUGGAUAGCGUACUGUGUGAUGUGUGCCAGAAGUCCCACAAUGCGGCGCGUAUGAUUUUCUGCGACCGGCGCCAAUGUGUCUACACCGCCCACCUUGACUGCCUCGCCUUGGCGGAACGGCCCAUAACGUUUUUGUGCGCCACCUGCACGAAGUUGCGGGAGGAGGAAGGGGACGACAAUGUACCGUUGGCACAAAGCUUCAGCGCGGCGUCGUUCGCUGCCGCUUCGGCGGAGCUACCCGUGCCACCGACGCCGGUGGCCGUGGAAGCGGCACCGACGCGAUGUCGAGCGACAGCAAGCGCAGCUGCGACACCUGCCGUCGCUGCACAGACGCCUGCUACCGUUGCUGCAGUCAAAACGGGCGGUAGUAGCCAAAGUGCCGAGCUUCCCACGAGUGUGUCCUCUCGUCUGGAAUCGAGUUCGACGGUGACGACUGCCUCUAGGAGUCGUGUGCCUCGAGUGACAAACUACUCGGCUAUGGGACGCCCGAACUACACCCGAAGCUCCUCCUCAGCGUCGUCGUCGUCUAUGCAGACGGAGUCCUCGACGGUGCCGCGUGCCCCCAUCGACUUUUCGAAGCCGCAUCUGCACCUCAUGACCCCAGUCACGACGACGUCGCGGCGGAGUUCAAGACAUACCCCUGCACCUCUGCACACGGGGGUUGCCAGCGCGGCGGACCAAGACUACUACUUCCUAGCCCCCACAUCGCAUGCUGUUGCAGCUACGAUCGAGUUCAACCGGGUGAAGCAGGCUCGUGCGGCGGAGGCGCAGAGUCGACGUCAGCGGGAACAUGCCAAGGCAGAGCGCCUGCAAGCGGCGUACGGUGGCCACCACAGUGAUCUGCUCCUGAGUGGCACCCGGAAGCGAGCCCAUCGCAGUGUGGCGGAUGAGGUCAUUGCAGAGCUGGAGUCGGCAGAGGAGGCGUUGCGUGAUCCGCAGCAGAGGCGCCUGAUGGAGGAGCGCAUGGUGCGUAAGUGGGCCGCGGACGUGCUCCCCGUGCUACGACGCCGUCGCUACAUCGAAGGCGACACCGCCACGACGGAGAGUGAUUUGUGGGCACAGGCGACCUCGCAGGCUCGCACAAUGGUCCGCCAGAAGCUAGAGGCGAAGAACGAAUCGCUGCGGCGCCGACGUGAGCAACUGGUGCGUGCGCGGGCACAACGAGAGGCAGCGGCGUUAGCGAAGCUCGCCGGCAUCAUUGCACAGCACCGAGAACGCUCUCUGAGAGUGGACUAG